AUGAUUAAAGACUUCUCUAAAGAGCUGCCAGUUGAGAGUUCUUCCGAGGAGUUGAUUUGGACAUAUCUUGGCGAGAUAUUUUUAGUUAUAAAGAAGUCAAGUAAAUCAGCUAUUUUGUUGGUGCCAGUGGGCCAAUAUGUGGGUUCAUAUGAGUUGAGACUGUUGGUGUUUAUGCUAUUCAAGAGAUUUUUGCCUCUUACUAUGACAGGUAUGUUAUCGGUUGUCGUGCCACCGGACUUUAUUCCCGAAGAAACAUCUAGCGACGUCAUGGUACGCGAAGGAGGGCAGGUGAAGCUAAUGUGUCGUGCAAGAGGCGUGCCUCCACCUAGCAUAUCGUGGCGCAGAGAAGACGGAAAGAACAUCAUAAUUCGAAAACCAUUUGCAGGGAACGCCUUGAACCAGAAGUCUCAUGUAACUUCAGUGAACGAGUACCACGGCGAAGAGCUAAGACUGAUGAAGAUUUCGAGGAACGAAAUGGGAGUUUAUCUGUGCAUCGCUAUCAACGGUGUGCCACCGGCGGUCAGCAAACGUAUUUCUAUCAACGUCCAUUUCUCGCCGGUAAUUCAUGUGCCUAAUCAACUGGUAGGUGCUCCUCUAGGUACAGAUGUAGUCUUGGAAUGUUUUGUCGAGGCUUCGCCCAAAUCAAUUAAUUAUUGGGUCAAGGAUAACG